CCUCACUCACUGAGUAAAUGCCAUAUUUAUAGGCUACAUGGUGGUGGGUGAGUUAUCCAACGUGACAUGACCACUGACAUGUCAGGAGUUUAGGCCACACCUAUACCUAGGACUAAGGAUUUGUCCAUGAUUAUACCUAGGACUGUGAUGUGACCUCUCCUCGGGAAAUGUGGCGUCAUUUUCUGGUUUCCUGGUCUGGGUCAACGCUUGAUUUGGACGUCGUCGUUCGGCAUCUGGGAUCUUUGCCAACAAGUGUGGGCUUCGCCGCGCCUGAGACCUUCGCGCGGUCGCGGCUUGGUUGCGAUGGUACUAACGUGACUGGAUCUUCUGGGGAGGUGCUGGGAUGCUUCUUUGGCGCGGCUACACCCGAGCCAUAUACCCAACAAUUGCCCCCUAUCAAAUGGUAUUCCGCGAAUGUCACCUGUUGAAUUUUCGCUUCCGCAUGAUUGGCUCGGGUCUGCGUGAUCUCUGUGAGGUGUUCUAGGCUGGUUGCGCGUGACUCUUGGGAUUGAGAUUGGAUUGGGGGUGCUUUUGAUUUCCGCGAGAUUCUCUGGUCUGGUUGCGCGUGACUCCUGUUAUUGAGUUUGGAUUUGCCCCCCAUCACGCGAGAUUCCGUGAGAUGCUCUGGUCUGGUUGUGCGCGACUCUUGUGAUUGAGUUUGGAUUCGCUCCUAUUCCGCGAAUGCCGCCUAUUUGAUUCCUGCGAGAUCCUCUGGUCUGAUUGCGCGCGGCUCUUGGGCUUGAUUUUUUGGAUUUGGGCGUGCUUUUUCUUCUUCGCGGGUGUGUCAUGCCCCCCAGGCGGUGUGCGGAACUUGUGACGUCAGCGGCUAGUGCCUAUGCUUGGUAGGUGUCCACGUGUCCUUAGAUGAUUGCUCUAUUUAGGCGGCGAUUUUGAAAUUCGAAAAAGCCCUGACGGUUACGAUUCUCGAUGUGACUUUUAACCUUUCGGUUUCCUUUGUCAACUAUAAAAACUGGUAGCCAUU